AUGAAGGCCGAUGCAAAUAUUACCUAUCAAACUGUUUCACUUGGAUUAGUUUUAAUGGGGAUUGCUUUAAGCUGCACUGCUUUGUUCACAAAUCAUUGGUUCGACCAAGUUUCAAUCUCUCAAACAGUUAUUUAUAGCAGAGGACUAUGGUUAGAAUGCGGUCUGAUUUCUGUUGAUCGUUUAAACGCAACCUUUCUCAAUAUGCUUAAUAACCAGAGCUUACUUGAGUUUACGCCUUUGGGACAUGUAAAUAUUGAAGAGAAAAGAAGCAUUUGUCAUGAAAUCGCCGCUGAAAGAAAAACAAAUGAUUUACUGGUGACGCGUGCUCUGCUUUCUUUAUGUGUUAUUUGUUUAUGCUUUGCUCUUGUAAUGACUUUUUUAUCAAGGAUAUACAAUGGACGUUAUAGAGAUUUUACCACGGCAACUGUUUUAUUUGCAAAUGUUCUAAAAGUCGCUGCAUUGUUACUCUACUACAGUAAAAAUCGAGUUUAUACCGAUUUUAAUUACCAUUGUGCGUUGGGGUAUUCAUACUUGUUGGGUUGGUUGAGUUUUUCACUUCUAGUAUUUGCAACAACAUUGUCCAUUUUAUCACGAAAAAAUGAUAUAAAUAUUUAGUUAAAAUUUACAAGUUGUUUUAAAGAAGAAAAAAAUAUUUUUUAAGAAACGAAGUUAAAGAAUAAAUAAAUGGCUCUUCUUUUGCAAUUGUGAUAUACUUUUAUUCACUCUAUACAUG